GUCAUGCAGAAAGCCAGUGCAAGAAAGAAGCAGGACAGUUUUCCUGCCUUUUUGUCCCUCACUCUCUAAUCAAAGCACUGCAUUCAGUACGCCAAUUAGACAAUUCCUUUGACUGUCACUACCCAGCAAGGCUGUGCUUAAAACCCAAAGAAAUCACCCUUAGCAAAUUAAGUACUAAUUGAUUAAUAAUAGUAGUGCCAUUCUCUCAGUCUGGCUGGCCCAGUGAACAAAGCUGCAGUCUCAUAACACCAUGGGAUCUCCUUCUGGAUGGGAAUUGCUCAGUGAUACCAGCCCUUGUAAAACGUCUUGGCCAUGAAGUUAAUCAUUAACUGAGCAGCUCAUAAAAACAUCACAUUGUGAGAGCACAACACACUUAAAAACAGCUGUCACUCGAUCAUGCAUACAACAGGUAUAAAGGAACACAUAAAAGGAGACAGAAAGUUGGGAAAUCCUUCAGCUAAGGGAAGACAAACUGCACUGAGGUUUACCUCCAUGGAGAAAUCCACGGACAAGCUAAGCAGCAAGAACAAAUCGACAGCUUCUGGAGUACUGCAGGCUGAGAAGGUUAGUUCUGCUCCCGCUGCAGGGGCUGCAGGAAUGAACGGAGCAGGACCCCUCGCAGAAAAUGCUGCCGAUGUGGAGAGACUGGCAUUCACUGAGGGACAUAGCAAAGAAAUGGAGAGAUCCCCAGGCACAGAGCUAGACAGACCCGAUGCCUUGAAAACAGCGUUUUCAGAAAGAGACUGUCUGAACUCAACAUCUCUUGCUAUGGUGACAAACCCAAGCUCUCCGGAGGUAUGCCGUUCUGAAAGGAACGACCAGCCUUCACCCGCAUCAUCUCUUGCAGACAUGGACUGCCUGGUCUGCUUCAACAAGUACAACAUUUACCGGGUCCCAAAGCUGCUGGGCUGUCAGCAUGCUUUCUGUGCAGUCUGCCUCAAGCUUAUCCUCAGGAAAGAAGAGAGCACCUGGAUAAUCACCUGCCCCCUGUGCAGAAAAAACACUUUUGUGUCAGGAGGACUUAUCCGCACGCUUCCAAAUAAAGAAGAGAUCAUGGACCUCUUGGAACACCCCGACUCAAGUCAUGAGGUACACGUCCCUGGAAUAGGGCUGGAUAGCAGCAGCUGGGCUCACAGCAGCCAGGACAUUUUAAACAGAGACCAAACUAUUCCAGCAGAUAACAGACUGGCUGUGCAGAGACUUGUGCUGCUCCUGCUGCUUUUGGUGAUUCUCACCAUCCUCAUCCUCCCAUUCAUAUACUCUGGGAUGGUAAAAUGGGUCAUUUGUGUCAUGCUUACUUUGGGGUUGGUCAUGUCUAUGGUGCUUUGCUGCACACCUAAGUUUUAUUGGAGCUGUAACAGAAGCUCACUCAGGUCCUGCCACAAGGAGACCCACAUUGCUGCUAUUGCCUGAAAUGAGGUGAGCUGCCUGGAGAUAAUGACUGGUUCCCUUUGCACAGCCGAAUGUCAGAAGCACGAGUCAGUUACUGGACUUUGAAAGCAAACACAUCAUAAAUUCAAAGUGUCUGACAUACCCCUAAGGCUGAAUGGCAAUGCACAGCAUUGUUUAAUUUUAUUACUGAAAACAUAGAAACACAUUUAUAUGCUGAUAUUUGUAAGAGAAAAUUGUAAGCUUUCCUCGCAGCUUUUAUCCCAGAUUAAUAAUUGUUUUGUUUUGCUUUGGUCAUUUUGUUCUUGUUGGUGUCAUCUCUGGAUUACUGCUGCAGAUCUUUAUCUGAAACAUCUGACACUGAAAUCUGUCCCCAUUACUGUGUUUUUCUGCUCUCUUAACAUACCUACACCUUUUCUUGCGAUAAUGUGGGGAAUUAGCCUGAUAAUCUGGGACUGGACAACGAGCCUCAAUGGAAAAGGGCUAUUUUAACCCAGUUUAUCACCUUAAUCUGUAUCAUGGACCAAAAGGUUGUUGGCAGGGGCAGGAAGGUGGGGCUGGGAAAAGGCAAUGUGGGCUGAUGCCAUCUUAAGUUUCACGCAAAACUAGAGAGAAAGAGGCAAAAUCAACACUUCUAAUCUUGAGUCCACAACUUACAAAGGGCAAGGCUCUGAAAAGCUCAUGACAUUCCAAGCUCCCCGUGUUAUUUAGCACAGAAAUAGUUCCUCUCAGCUGCACUCCUCUAUCUGGCUGCCCAUACCACCUCUCGUCUUGCUCUCUUUACAUUAAGUGUGACAUUGCCCUCGGAGAUACCCACAAUUCUCCUUGUAGAGAUAAAAAUAAAUCUAUCCAUUGUUAUCCUAUGCCAAACCUGAUUUUUUUUUUAAUAUGGAAUAUGUCCAUUAAAGUUUAAUAAUGCUAAUUGCUCAUUGACUCCUGUGUUUCAAUUCCUCGCUGACAAUUAACAUCAAAACAUUUGACAGCUGCCUCACUGACAGGAACUACAGCUGAGAAAGCAUUCUGUGAGUAAAGCAGAAAAGUAACGCGUUGGGCUUUUUUCUUUGAUUUAAAAAACAAACCUGUGAAGCCCUCUUCACCAACAGCAAUGGAUCACUAGUACUAUAAAUGUUUGUAACAAACACUAACGUGAGCCUCAAUGUGAUGUGCAUGAAUACAAAGGAACAAGCUAGAAGGGUUAAAGGAAAAGUGUGCACCAAAACACCAAUCUCAUUCAAAUGACAAGAUAGCAAGGACAGAACACACUGUCCUGAAGAUAAGAUGACAAAGAUGACAUGGACUACAGCCAUAGCAUACUCCAAUUUAAAAAAAUGAUGGGCAGUUUGGCCCAAGAGAAGACACCUGGGCAGAUACAAGUGAGACAUCAUUUGUUGAUGUGCCAAACAACACCUACUCUAGAAGGGUGUACAGGUCACACCCAGUAUCAGUUUGCUAUCUCCAGUCAAAAGGCAAUCUACAGAUAUCAGAAGCAGUGUCUCUCAUCCUUCACAUCACACACAAGGGAGCCCAUGGAGGUUGUCAGCACAAAGCUGUGAAGAAAAGAAAUCUGAAAGUAAACAUAAGCAGGAAAAGUCAGUUCAUGACAUACCAUCCUGCCCUUCCAAAAGGGUUGCACUAAUUUUGGCAGUGGCAAAAAAAAAGAGGGUUAACAGAAAAGGGCUUCCCUGAAGGCAGGACACACUACUGCCCUGAUGUGCAAAGCAAGAACAGGAAGUGUGAAUCAUACUGAUCUUACACUGAUGCAUAGCACGCGCACAUGCACACACACACACACACAAAAAGUCAUAGAAAGGUAUUAAAUGUUUUCCUUCAAAAUGGCCAUCCUACAGCUUUGUACCAGCACAUUACAGACUUGUGCUCAGCAGUUCAACUGGAACAACGCUUGAGCUUUUAGAGCCACUAACAGUCAUCCAAUUCAGAGUUCAUGGCUGUUGGCGGAAGUCAUUACAUCCUAUAAGCUGAAUUCUUUUACAACAGCUAUUAAUUCCCAUUUGACAAGAUAAGGCUCAAUUACAAUGCAAACCUUUGAAGGGGCAAAUAAGUAUAUGGUGAAAAGCUGUAAAAAAUUGUGUUUGUAUUCUAAAACAUAAAAGGAUUUGUUUGCAUGCAGUUCUUCUUCAUACCAAUCUGAGUGGCAAUCGAGUUUCAGUUCCAAAUUACCCUGCCUUGCUUACAGUACCUAGGUGGGUCCUGAUUUCAUAGAGAGAUUAAAUGACAUACUGUAGCACAGAAAUAGUUCACAGUGAGAAACAGGCAAAGGUGGUGGCUGACAUACUGCACAAAUACCCCAGAACUGUGUUAUGUAAGGAUGGUAUGCCAUCAGGACGUUAAGAGCUUGAUGAGACCCAACAGCAGUAUUAAAGCAUCAUGGUCUGUAUAGACAGAACCCUGGACUAGAAGCUUCAAAGGUGUCUUGUUUAACAAUACAUAUACACCAUCAAUUUUGAUGAAGGAUAUAUGUGCCUGUCCUAUUGUACAGUUUUCUUCUCUCUUUGCAACCUGAGCUCUCUCUCCUUUCCCUGCUCUGAAGCUGUUCCUCCCCUUUCCUACUCCUUCCUUGUUCUCUUCUGCUCCUUUGUAUUUCUGUUCUUUACUUCUUUCCCUACUACCCAUUGUUCCAAGUCACCAAGGAAGACUGGAGCAGCUCCUGGAGCACCUGUUCUUUGCAUCCCACCAGCUGGCAGCCCAUGCUACCCUUCCAGCAGAUGCAACCAGAUGCAACCUUCCCCAUCCCAAUCCAUUUUCAGACUUCUUAUCAACAAACAGCCCCACUGUCACUCACCACAGUUAAUUAUGUCAGAGGGAGACAAGUGCCUUAAAAAAAUUGAGUGUAGGUGUUCUAAAUUACUGUUAACUGCAGGAGAACUUUCAGUCUUCAAACACAGCACCGUCAAGUCUACAAGAAACAAAUCUGCAGAUUUGGGUCUGAGAGCACAGAUUUGCGUCCAGAUGGCUUUCUGCUUGUUGUGAACCAUGUGCAUCUUGUCCACGGUGAUGUGCAGUUACCUGGGUUACUUUUUGCACCCCAGCUGGGAUCACAGGAGCUUUCUGAACAUCUCGUCACAUUCAAGUGCACAAUGAUGCCUAAAAACCAGAGGGGUAAUACGAGUACUUGUGAGAGCAAACCUGAAGGUGUAACGUUAGUAGCAAGCAAGCAGGAGAAGGAUAUUUGGCCAAAUCAAAUUUGGCUUUUCAACAGAACAGGUAUCUCGAUAUUUUAUUCUAGAAGACUCAGGCAGCAGAUUUUUAUGUAUACAUCAGUUACCAAGUGGCCCAAACUAGGUUCACUUUCAUGAAAUGUGAAUAAAUACAGCAAAGCUGCUUCCUUCCUCCUGAAAAAGCAGAUUUUGCCAAGGAUCACCAAGCGCUGUGCUUGCUUCACUCCACCGCUGGAGCAAAAAUAUUUACCAAAACCCAUGAAACCAAUGCAACAGCCUUAUGCUCAGGGAGCUGAAUUAACUCCACAGCCUUAGCACAACCCUAGGAUUUCUGCAAGGCCAAUUAACCAGAGCUGAGCAGAGCCUGCCAAGCUGAUUGCACCCAUAACCCUGGGUUAUGCGUGCUAGUGUUUGCUGAUGGAUCAUCCUGCAAUUUAUUUAGGUAACAGAAAGAGCUGCCUCUCUGGACCAAGGAGAUAAGGAAGUUCUGCUGAGUGUCUGUACCAGGGAAAUAGGAGGUCCUGCUUGGAACUGGUUACUACAUAUGUAACACAAGUAAUGUAUAUAAGCUGAAGAUCCUUUGUGUAAGCCGUGCAUGACAGGAGGAUAACCCCCAUGCAUCCAGUGUUGCUAUUAAAGAAUGCCUGCUUUCUAACACACCAGCUUGAGUCUUAGAGAGUAUCCUGAUCGACCGAUUUAAGGUCUCAAGCAGCAGCAGGCCUUGCUGCCUCCUCACUCCAGACGGCCGGCCAUCAGCACAGGUAAGCCACCGCCUGAGGCAGCCGCCCGCCAUCACCUCAGGUGAGACGCCGCCUCAGCGCAGCACGCUUCCUUCCCGCCUUUCGUAAGCUACGCUCCCCGCUACGCUAUCGGCGUAAGGAGAGUAGAGAGCCGCUUGGUGCUGCCUGUACGGAAACUGCGUAAGGGCGGAGGGCAGAGACAGGACGGGCGGAAGGGGUGGGAGGCGGCGGCGGAAGGGAGCCGGGCCGGCAGCAGAUAUUUAUGAAGAAAUCGAUAUCUGUGUGUUGCUCAGAGCUCUCCUUGACCGAAGGGGUGGCAGAGAAGGGCCUUUGCAAAGCUGCCUCAGGAUAUUCUAAACACUCAGCAUCACAAAUCACAGUUUAUUUCCAAUGCUGCUUCCCAAAAUAAGUUAAUACAUCUGUGUCCAGAGGU